UUAUGCUGGUUCGUCGGAAAGUUUGUGCCGAAUACAUUGCAUGGUUUGUUAGCCGCGGAGUAAUUCAGCAACUUCGCCUCCACAGUUGCUACAUACUCUGCGCAAAUGUCGCGAUUACUGAUCAAUGUCCUCUCUCAUAGUUCCAGAAAGAUGAGAGUCUGCUAUCUGUUAUGUGGAAGCUGGCGCUCCGAUGCAUUGGUGCCAAAAAUGGUAAUUGAAAGGAAGCCCCUUCGUCUCUAGUGCGCCAAUCACGACCACACUAGGACCUUGGCUACUAUAUUACCCCACAACUAGAGUCGAUUCGAUGUGCGAUUGCCGUAUGAUCCAUUCUGAAGCGGAGAGUCUUGUGCCGCUCUGCUUCGGGUAAGUAUUUAUCGUAGUCGACGAGUUCCUAUAAGUUUACUGGUCGGGAGCGCUACCUAAUAGUAGCUGAACACUCGCCGACAGCGAAAUUCUGUUUCAGCAUCAUGAAGAUAUUCUCGAUACUUUCGCUGGGCGCAGCUGUGGCAGCUUUACCCCCAGCAAUCGAUUUAUCACCGCGAGCCUCCGUUCCAAAAGCCGAUGGCCUCAAAUUCAACAUUGAUGGUGUAACUAAGUACUACGCCGGAACCAACUCCUACUGGAUCCCUUUCCUGACGAACGAUAACGAUGUCGACGUCAUAAUGGGCCACCUAGCCACCUCAGGCCAGAAGAUACUCAGAAUAUGGGGUUUCAACGAUGUCAAAACUGUCCCAGGUUCCGGCACAGUGUACUUCCAGUCCUUCUCCGGAUCCUCCGCCACCAUCAACACGGGCGCAAAUGGACUCCAGCGACUUGACGCUGUAGUCAAGGCUGCAGAAAAACACGGAAUGAAACUCAUCAUCAACUUUGUGAAUAAUUGGACCGACUAUGGGGGCAUGGCCGCCUACUUCUCCGCGUGCGGCGUAAUCAGCAAUGCGCAAUGGUACACAGCAACCGAAUGCCAGACCAUGUACCAAGCGUACAUCGCGGCCGUCAUCUCGCGCUAUCGCAACUCCAACGCUGUAUUCGCGUGGGAAUUGGCCAAUGAACCGCGCUGCAGUCUUUGCCAGACGUCUGUCCUCACGAACUGGAUCCGCGAAACAAGUGACUACAUCCGUUCCCUCGACUCCGACCACAUGAUCACCGUCGGCGAUGAAGGCUUCGGUCUUUCAGGCGACGGCUCGUAUCCCUACCAAUACAUCGAAGGUAUAGACUGGGAAGCAAACUUGAAACUAGGCAACAUAAGUUUCGGCACCUUCCAUCUGUACCCGGAUAGCUGGGGUGUAAGCAAUUCGUUCGGUGACGGCUGGAUUGAAGCGCAUGCUCAAGUUUGUCAAAAGCUCAACAAACCGUGUCUGUUUGAAGAAUACGGUGUGCCCAAGAAGGAGGAUCACUGUCCCGUGGAGGGGGGCUGGCAGAAGACCAGUCUGGCGUUAAGGGAUAGUGGGAUGGCGGCAGAUCUGUUUUGGCAGCUGGGGGAUACGGUAGAGAGUACGGGGCAGUUGACACAUGAUGAUGGGCAUACGGUUUAUUAUGGAAGUGCGGAUUGGAAGUGUUUGGUUGAUGAGCAUGUCAAGGCUAUCGGGUAGAAUGCAGCAGGCGUGGACCCAGUCCGAUGUUCGUGCUUUCCUUAGCUUCUUCCCACGCGACGCGUGGGACCCUGAGUUUGUGGGGGAGGGCUUAAGCUCCCAACAC